GGCUACGUGUAAAUAGUGCCAUUUUGACGCUGUCACUGGCUUAACUAUAACACUGGCUAUGUUUUGUGCCAGAUAAAUUUGAAAAUGAUUGUGUUGAAUGUUUAUAACUCAACGUGUCACCAACUUUACAGUUCGGUGAUUUGCAAACGUUGUGUGAAUCGAUUCGACCGAAUCAUUCAAAGAGAACGAUUCAUUGGCGGACCGGACAUAUUGCUCGGGUGGUCCGCUGCAGUUUAUCCAAUAGGUCACUGCACCCGUCAAACCGUUCAUUAACGCGACUAGCAGCAGCUAUGGCACAAGCGAAAAUUAACGCUAAAAUGAACGAUGCAUCUAAAGGCAAAUUCACCCGAACGCUUUCGAUGGCGGACCGGUCCGGACGGUUACUGGAAAAUCUGGAUCAGAUUGAGACGAGGGUGGAGGCUCUUCGCGAGGAAGCCACUGCUAUGGAGCAGGAGAGAGAGAGCUUAAUUGAGAUGAUCCAGUCCAUACAAAACAGUCAGGAAAUGAGGAGCGUUUGUGACGGGGAAAGGGAAGAGCUCUCUCUGACCGCCAAUAGACUCCUGGGCAGGACGUUAACGGUGAGCAUUUCUGUGGAUACGAUCCGAAACGACCAGCAGGAAGAGGCCUUGAAGAAAGCCACAGCCAUUAUCGAUGAGAUCGCUGGUAAAGUGCUGGAGGACAUGGAGGGGGCCAGAAAGCAUCUGCAGGCCCUUCACGCCGCGUGUGUGACGGACGUGCCUCCUAUGCCUGUGGAUCAGAAGUUUCAGAGCGUCGUGAUCAGCUGCGCCCUGGAGGACCAGAAGAAGAUCAAGAGGCGCCUCGAGACCCUCAUCAGGAACAUGGACAAUGCAGAGAAAACCAUUAAAAUUAUGGAUAACCAGAAAGUUGAUCAUUCCAGUCUUACCAAUGGCAAAUAGAGGCUGAGGGGACUGAUGAGCGCCAAACGUGCCUUUCCCUGAUAGCACACGUACAUCACGGAGACGUCUAUUUGAUGUCUGCAAGACAUAUUUUUUGUCUUGCUUGCUCAUCUGCAAUACGUCUAUAGGACGUUUCCUUUUAGAUGUCAAAUAAAUGUUUAAGAUUUAGAAUGUAUGUAAAACUGACAUCUUACAGACGUCUCUCAGAUGUUUGUACACAGCAGAUGCUUUCCAGAUCAAGCGAUCUUUAGCAGAUGUCUGUUAAAGAUCACUUGAUCUGUACAGACAUCUGACAGACGUCUAUAAGAUGGCAGUUUUGCAUACAUUCUAACUCAUAAACAUCUUAAAGACAUCUAUUUGACAUCUGAUAGGAAAUGUCCUAUAGACAUAUUGCAGAUGAGCAAAAUACGUCUUGCAGUUAUAAAUCAAAUAGAUGCCUCUGUGAUGUGCGUGUGCUAUCAGGGACCCAACUGAUAAAUGUGACCCUGGACCACAAAACCAGUCAUAAGGGUCUUUUUUUUUUUUUUUAAUUAAGAUUUAUACAUCAUCUGAAAGCUGAAUAAAUGAGCUUAUGGUUUGUUAGGAUCGGACAAUAUUUGGCCGAGAUACAACUAUUUGAUCAUCUGGAAUCUGAGGGUGCAAAAAAAUCUAAAUAUUGAGAAAAUCACCGUUAAAGUUGUCUAAAUGAAGUCCUUAGCAAUGCAUAUUACUAAUCAAAAAUUAAGUUUUGAUAUAUUUACGGUAGGAAAUUUACAAAAUAUCUUCAUGGAACAUGAUCUUUACUUUAUAUCCUAAUGAUUUUUGGCAUAAAAGAAAAAUAAUUUUGACCCAUAUAAUGUAUUUUUGGCUAUUGCUACAAAUAAACCCAUGCGACUUAAAACUGGUUUUGUGGUCCAGGGUCACAAAUAGAUUUGCAGGUUUUAUUACCACUGAUGGUGUCUUGGUCUUAUGCAUAUUUAUUUAGCUUUUACUUCUAUGCUUUUCACUUACAGAAAAAAAUACUGAUCAUAAACAUUUAAAUUAUAUUGACCACUGACAUGUUUUCUUGUGUUUUUGAUUUAUUAACUAAUAUGAAACAAUGCAAAAUCACUGUAAUUCUGUUGGGAUCUACUAACAUUCCCGCUGGAAGCCCCAUGAAUGUGAUUUUCCUGGCUUGUGAUUGUUUAUUUUUAGAGCAGAUGCACGUGGUUUUCUCGCUUGCUCUCUACAUUCUAAUGAGAUUUGGCUCUCAGCUUGCUGGGAAUUUCACAAUCGGCCGUCAGGUUAGUCUUUACAGUGAAAAACAACACAGGAGAAAACAUUACAGCGAAACACAAACUGCCUUUGAUAAUACUUGAGUUUGGAUUUGUAAUCACUUUUUAAUGGCUCUUGAAAAUAAGAAAUAAUACCUUUUAACACAUUUAGCCAGGGUUUACACAUUUUCAGUUGUUUGGAAUGAUUAAAAACGGAGAGAGAGAAAGAUUAGGCCAUUUCUGCCUAAUUAAUUAUAUUAAAGCCAGUAAUAAGUGCAAAAUAUGUUCAAUAGAAAUUUACAGGUUUUCUACGGUCACAGUCAAAUCACAGGUUUCCUACAGUCUAUGAAUUCUCCAUUUUAAGACAAUGUGAAGUUUAUAACUAUAAGCCAAUUCAUAAUUUCAUUAAAAAGUAAACCUUGUGUUGCAGUGAUUAUGUGAUAAUGAAGGGCUGUUGUUGGGCACAACACAAGUCAGAUUAUUGCUUUUGUAAAAUGGUCACAAAAGCUUUAUGACAAAAGAUGCCAAUAUUAAAAAAUAAAUAUUUAUUAAUAAUAAUAAUAAUAGGUUUAAGAGUGUGAGUAGGCUGUUUACAGUUGGCCAGUCAGUGUGCCAAUCUUCCAACCAGAAUUUAAAAUCAGAACUAUCCAAAGUUAUGGCCUAGGUUUUCUUUGGCAAUGUGGAUAGUCAUUUAUGGAUUUUUUUUUUUUUUUUUUAAGUAUUUAAAAUAUUCACAACAUUGUUUUGUAAUCAUGCAUGUAUAUGGUUGUCACUGUAUGAUAAAAAAGUACAAUGAAAAUAAAACAACUACAAUAGACUCUUUAUUUUGUCCUU